CACAAUCGAUGUUUUGACUGGCGAUAUUUGGCUUGGAGUCUCAUAAAUAAAAUAAUUAAUUAAUUACCUUUAUCACGAAGGCAAGUUGUUCGUUUGACUUUGAACAGACUGCGUCGUCAUUCCCUCACUGCGACGGUGUUUUCAUUUCCCUUCGCGCUGUUCAACUGACAGAUAGAGUAAGAUGGAAAAGCUCAGGUUCGAUGGAAAAGUGGUCAUUGUCACAGGAGCUGGGGCAGGUCUAGGACGUGCUUAUGCACUGUUAUUUGGAUCACGGGGUGCUUCUGUAGUUGUGAAUGACCUAGGUAGCACCAGAUCCGGAGAUGGUAGCAGUUCGAAAGCAGCUGAUGCUGUAGUUGAAGAAAUAAAAAAAAUGGGUGGCAAAGCUGUUGGAGAUUACAAUAGUGUUGUUGAUGGUGAUAAGAUAGUACAAACGGCCUUAGAAAAUUUUGGAAGGAUCGAUGUUGUCGUAAACAACGCUGGAAUUUUGAGAGAUAAAUCUUUUGCAAGAAUCAGCAAUGCAGAUUGGGAUUUGAUUCAUGAUGUUCACCUUAAAGGAACGUUCAAAACGACUCAAGCAGCAUGGCCUCAUUUCAGAAAGCAAAACUACGGCCGAGUCAUUGUUACAGCUUCCAACUCUGGUCUUUAUGGAAAUUUUGGUCAAGCUAAUUACAGUGCUGCAAAAAUGGGCGUUGUUGGAUUAUGUAAAACAUUGGCAAUUGAAGGGAGAAAGAACAACAUUAAUUGCAAUGUGAUUGUACCAACUGCCGCCUCUAGGCUUACAGAAGACAUUUUACCCCCAGAAUUCUUUAAAGAAUUAAAACCAGAGUUGAUUGCUCCUGUUGUCGUAUGGUUAUGUCAUGAAGAUUGUUCCGAAAACGGCUCCGUGAUUGAAUCUGCUGCCGGUUGGGCAACAAAAUAUUCUUUGGUUCGAGGACCGGGAGCAAUUUUAAGAAAAAGCAUGGAAGACGUUGUCACUCCAGAAGAGGUUCAGGCAAAUUGGGAACAAGUUACUGAUUUGACCACAACAGAAACUCUUGGUUCAAUAGAGGAAGCAACAGGUGGUCUUAUGACACAAAUGGAAAGAAUGAAAAGCGGAGAUGUUUUAGAACCAAAACAUGAAGAAGAGUACUGUCUCCAUUUAAACCACAAAGAUUGCAUUGUUUUCGCAUUAGGAAUUGGUGCAAGUAUCACAAACCCAAAUGAGGUCAAGUUCCUCUAUGAAAAUGAUGAGAAGUUUUCCGCGUUUCCAACAAUGGCCAUUAUUCCAGGACAACUCGCAGUGAUGACAUCACCACUGACAUCGAAUGCAAUCCCUGGCAGAAGUUACGAUUUAAGUCAGAUUUUGCAUGGUGAGCAGUAUUUGGAACUUUUUAAACCAUUACCGACUACAGGUGUUACCAAGAGCAAGUGCAAGUUAAUUGAAGUUCUUGAUAAAGGGAAAAAUGCUGUUUUUGUAGUCGGCGUGGAAACUUUUGAUGAAAACAAUGAUAAAAUCUGCUAUGGAGAAAUGACAGUCGUUGUCGUGAACGCUGGAGGAUUUGGUGGAUUAAAGGAAUCGACGAAAUGCGUUCAAACUCAAGCCCCACCAUCUAGAAAGCCAGAUCACAUUGUCGAAGAGAAGAUUGGCGAAAACCAGGCAGUGAUGUAUAGAUUGUCUGGUGACUCGAAUCCGCUACACAUCGACCCCUCGUUCGCUUCAAUUGCAGGCUAUGAAAAACCGAUUUUGCAUGGGUUGUGCUCAUUGGGCUUCUCGGCGAGACAUGUGCUCAACACUUUUGCAGAAGGAGAUCCAAGUUGUUUUAAAGCCAUUAAGGUGAGGUUUGCUAAGCCUACAUACCCAGGGGAGGUUUUGAGAACUGAAAUGUGGAAAGAAGGUAACCGCAUACAUUUCCAGUCUAUCUCUUCAAAUGCUACAGUAAUUUCUGGUGCUUACGUUGAUUUACAUCAAGUUCUCGAAGCUGCUCCUCGUUCUGACAUCAACGAUUCUUCGUUAGAGAGCAAUGUUGUGUUUCAAAAAAUCGGAGAACUAGUCAAAGGGCAUAAUGAAGUGUGUAAGAAAAUAAAUGGAGUGUUUCUUUACAAGAUUCUAUCCCAGGGAGAAGAAGCUGCAAUUUGGACUGUCGAUUUGAUAUCGGGCAAGGUAUACAAGGGACUUCCUGAGCCAGGGGUAAAUGCAAACACUACAUUGAUUUUAGAAGAUAAUAUUAUGGUUAAAAUGGCACUCGGUCAAUUGAACCCACAGACAGCCUUUAUGAAAGGAAUGCUCAAGAUUAAGGGCAACAUAAUGCUCGCACAGAAACUUAAAGAUCUUAUGAUCUUAUCUUCUAAACUGUAGGAUGUAUAUAAUUUACUGUGAUAUUGACAAUGUAUAAUUUUUACUUUUUUAAUGGUUGGGUUAUUUUUUAUUGAAUAAAAUGUUUAUCAAUUGUUUAGAA